GAACCAACAAAGCCCUCUCCACCGGGCUUGAGAACGUUUGCACGCUUGGUGCGGAUACGCCACCUGAGCUUUGUGAGCUGUUUUGCAGCAUGCACAACGGCUACCAUGAUGGAGCAGGCGACACCUUCCUCACAUUGCUGGAUAGAUGUGAGGAGCUCAUGCAGGACUGGGAUCUCCAUGUGAACAGGCCGAACGGGACUGGUCUCACGACCAAGAAUGCCCAUUACGAUCAGUAUUUGGAAAAGUUCAUCUUUGGCGACAAGCAAGCCCUGGGCUGGGGGACUCUCUCAACUACUCCAAAACGACUUCCGUGUUGA